ACCCAGAUGGGCGGAGCCACGGAGGAACGUCAACAACAUGCCGGGAACUGAGAGCCGCGCAGACCGACAGCCACAGGAAGCAAUCCAUGACAUAGAUGAACCAAACAUAGUGUCUUUAAUAUCACAUUUCGCUGAUGACAAUCUGACUAUUGUGCGGAACCUCAGCACUGGCCUGGCCCUUGCUGGUGUUUUAGUUAUAGCGAGGAGUAUCAAACUGACCAGCAAGUUUGGAGCGGUGGCUGAGAUCCCGGUUCACUUCAUCAGGGGUAACGUCAGCCUGCAAGGGCGAGUCCGCACUGUUUCAGACCACGGCCUGGAAAUAGAGCACAUCCCCGUCGUGCUUCCCAUCCUAUCGCGCCUGCUUUCCAAACGUGUGUGUUCUUCUUCUCUGGCGGUGCGUCUGGCGGGGGUGGAGCCCACAGCUGAGGGGCAGCUCUGGCUGCGGAGACACCUGGCCCCCGCCCAGGUCGUCUGGUUCAAACUGAUCAGCAGAGAGGACCACGUACUCCACUGUCUGGUGUCCCAUAGGAAGCAGGGGGCGUUCUGGAGCCUCUGUGUGAACGAGGAGUUGCUCCGGCUGGGCCUGGCCCGCACCGUCCCGCUGUUUGGAGUGGCCCCGGGCUCCCGUCUCUAUUGGCGUCUCUACAGGAGGCUGCUGAGGGCCGAGUUCAAGGCAGAGAAGAAGGGCCUGGGACUGUGGAAGGAGGCGGGUUUCUGGGAGAGAGCCUCCGACUCUGUCAGGUACAACAGGCUGAUCAGCGCUGUGAAGAGACUCUUCGGGAGAACGUGAUUGGUUAAGGGAGCGAGUGACACGUCGCGAGGAGCGAUCUUUUUUCUUUUUUUCAAUUCCGUUUUUCUUCAAAGCGUCUCCUCAAGAAUGGGGAAAUCAAUCAUUGAAGAAAUCUACAUAUUUAUGUAUUUUGUUUUACCGUUUUUUCGAUUCUUGAGUGGCAUUCUGUAUUAACAGAAUACAUUCCGUGUUUCACAGAAUGUAUUCUGUGAAUAUCUAACGAUUACCUGUUGUGUCUCAUCUUUCAUUCAUGACAAUUCCACCAUGCUACCUAAUCUGUCCAGAAGGCUUAGAUUGUGGCAGUAGCUCUCAUGGCUCAGUACAAAUGUUGUGGUUGAGAACCCAGCUCUCUUCCACUUCCUCUGUUAAACCUCAUCGCUAAGACUCUGUGCUCAGUGACCUGCAUCUCCUCUGUGUGUAGGUGUACUAAUGUGUGAGUGUGAGUGUGUGUGUGAGAUUGUGUGACGUAACCCCCCUCCCCGACUCAACCACUAUCAACAAUGGAGAGGAGUUGUAUUUAAAUGGUGUUGAAAUGAAGGGGGUUCACCAGACCCUCUUUGAGACCGCAGUUGCUAUAGGAACAAGUCUGAAAGACAAAGCGUGUCAAAGGCUGGGCCCCAUAAUGGCCGCCCUCAAACCCCAUGGGAGUCUUAUUUAUAUAUAUA